AUGGACAUUGACGACAUCCUGCGGGAAGUCGACCCGACAUUCCACGCCGUGCCGCAGGAGAAGCGCGAUCUCCAAGACCUGACGCGCGCCUGGGUCGCCGAACGAUCUGCCCCCGAGCUCCUUCCCUGGCCAGCCAACGGCCUCUUCGAGCGCAUCAACGAUGCCAUCAAGCGGCAGAUCGAGAAGGUCGAGGAGAUGACGGGCGACAUGGACCCCAAGACCAACUUCGCCCUGAUCGUGAUCCAGACCGAGCUCGAGCGCUACCGCUACCUGGUGCGCAGCUUCCUGCGCGCCCGCCUGGCCAAGAUCGACCGCCACGCGCUGCACUACCUGUCGACCGACGCCCUGCGCGCCCGCCUGUCCGACGUCGAGCUGGCCUACGCCACCCGCCACCAGGCCCUGCUGCACAACCACUACCUGUCCUCCUUCCUGUCCGCCUUCCCCGCGAACCUGCAGAACCUGAACGACACCGCCGGCGGCAUGAGCAUGAUCGACGCGCCGGAUCUCGAGACCGCCGUGUUCAUCCGGCUGCUGAAGGACACCGUUGUGGCCGGCCGCGGCGUCGACUCGGAUGCCGACGUCGACGGGAGGGAGAGCGAUAUCAUGAUCCUGCGCUGGUCCGACGCGAAACCGCUGGUCGAGGCUGGCAGCGCCGAGCUGGUGUGAGGCUGCGGGCGGGUUGAGCAGCGUGGAUUCGAGGGCGGGAGACCACCCCGCUUCACCAAGUUGGGCCAUGCGAGACGGCUCUUCUGACGUGCCUGUUUGGGGCGCCGAAAGGUGGAUUCCCCCCUCCAGAGUCAUGACAACAGACAUCGACUGCGUGUCCCGAGCUGGAGUCGCUGCGACCCCUCUCCGUGUACAGGAGACCGCCGUCCCCUCACACGAAGGAAUACUCAAGGCUUAGGGAAAGGCUCCGCCACUGCGACAAUCCUCGGACCCAACUUCGCGACUCCAGCUUGAGGCGCUGUUAGGACUUGCGUCGCCCCAGGAUCGCAUCUACCCUGCGACUCCGGGGUUGGUCGUCUACGCGAGGAUCCUAGACUUGAACCUUCCAGCUCGCGCAAGCCGAGCCCGCACAUGGAGGUGCUGCACCCCGUGGUUAAGACUUAGUCCAGUGGGUGAUUGUAUAACACAUGUUGGCUAAAGGGAAAACGGUGUGGCAGUCUACACUAUGUACACUGUCUCACCCUUGCUCAAUCAGGACCGGGAAAAGCAUCAGAGACGGCAACUGUUGACCUUCGCCAGCGCCCCGUUCGCAGCCGAACAUCAGCUCGACAUUGUUGGCCAAGUUCUCGAUGGCUUCACCUCCAUACCACCGAUGAAGCA